UGCCACGCGUUGUUUUUAACAGGCUAUUUAGUGUUGUGCAAGGCGUUGGCGUGUCGGACCGGUCGGGCAGGUCGGUGUGUGGGGGGGCAAAGCAGGUGAGACAGGGGGGGGGGGAGAAGGGCGGGGAGCCGCCGCCGAGCUCGCCACAAGCAGGAAGAAGAGGAAAACAUGGUGCGGUGACAGAACGCCCGGACGCAGACUGACACCAGCAUUCACCUUUUUAUUUAUUUAUAGAAAUCUGCGAAGUACACAGAAUACCGGAGUUGACAAGAUGAGUCGGCGGCGGGCAGACUCCGAUGGUUCCCUGGGGCCUGACGAUGAGGUCAUGCCAUACAGUGAUGAUGAGACGGAUGAUGAAUUGGGUGAAAGCUCGGAAGGGGAACCAGAGCCACCAGGAGCCGGAGUCCUGCAUCCCCCAGCGGAUGCUAGACCCAGCGAGAUGGCGUGGAAGGUGAAAGCCAAUGACCGACCUUAUCACCACCUGCCAGAAUUUCAGAAAAAGGUCUUCCUGUGCAUCAAGAAGAGCAGAUACUCUGGAAACGCCAUCACGACGUACAAGUACAACGUUCUCACCUUCCUCCCUCUGAACCUGUACGAGCAGUUUAAGAGAGUUGCCAACCUCUAUUUCCUGGCUCUGCUAAUCUUACAGAUCAUUCCAGACAUUUCUACUCUGCCCUGGUACACCACGCUGAUUCCUCUAGUCGUGGUGCUUGGAGUCACUGCCAUCAAAGACCUGGUGGACGAUCUGGCGCGGCACAGGAUGGACAAGGAGAUCAACAACAGGAAGUGUGAGGUCCUGCUUGAUGGCAGGUUUCAAGAGACAAAGUGGAGGAACAUGCAAGUUGGAGAUGUUGUUCGAAUGAAGAAGAACGACUUUAUUCCAGCAGACAUCCUGCUGUUAUCCAGCUCCAACCCAAACAGCCUGUGCUAUGUAGAAACAGCUGAGCUUGACGGCGAGACCAACCUGAAGUUUAAGCUGGGACUCAGAGUGACUGAUGAGAGACUGCAGGGUGAGCGUCAGCUGGCUGAGUUCAAUGCUCUGAUCGAGUGCGAGGAGCCAAACAACCGCCUGGACAAGUUUGUUGGGACGAUGCUGUAUGAGGGGAAGCGUUACCCUCUGGACCUGGACAACAUGCUGCUCCGCGGCUGCACGAUCAGAAACACCGAGGUGUCUCACGGCCUGGUCAUCUUCGCGGGAGCCGAUACCAAAAUCAUGAAGAACGGCGGGAAGACGAGAUUCAAGAGGACCAAAAUUGACGAGCUGAUGAACUACAUGGUUUACUCGAUCUUCGUGCUGCUGAUCCUGGUGGCGGCAGGUCUGGCCAUUGGUCACACCUAUUGGUACGAGGAUAUCGGCUCUCGUGCCUGGUAUCUGUUCGAUGGCAAAAAUCAGAGCUCGUCCUACAGAGGCUUCCUCAGCUUCUGGGGAUACAUCAUCGUCCUCAACACCAUGGUGCCCAUUUCUCUAUAUGUCAGUGUGGAGGUGAUUCGUCUGGGCCAGAGUAAGUUCAUCAACUGGGACCUGCAGAUGUAUUUUUUACAGAAAGACACACCAGCCAAGGCUCGAACCACUACCCUGAACGAGCAGCUCGGCCAGGUCGAGUACAUCUUCUCCGACAAGACGGGAACUCUCACACAGAACGUCAUGCAGUUCAAGAAGUGCACCAUCGCUGGACGCAACUACGGAGAACCGACUACAGCUGCGGGACUGGUGCUGGAGCGAGGAAGGCCGGUGGACUGGAGCUGGAACGAGCAUGCGGACAGAAGUUUCCAGUUCGUGGAUCAUUCCCUGGUAGAAUGCAUCCGAUCCGGGAAGGAUAAAGAGACUAAUGAGUUCUUCAAACUGCUCUCUCUCUGUCACACAGUCAUGGUGGAGCACAAAGACGAUGGUCUGGUGUACCAGGCGGCGUCUCCUGAUGAGGGCGCCCUGGUGACGGCAGCCAGGAACUUCGGCUAUGUGUUUCUGUCUCGUACACAGGACACCAUCACCAUCAAAGAGAUGGAGGAGGAGAAAACCUACGAGAUGUUGGCGCUGCUCGACUUCAACUCCGACCGCAAGCGCAUGUCUAUCAUCUUGAAGUUUCCUGACGGUCGUAUUCGUCUCUACUGUAAAGGAGCCGACACUGUCAUCUACGAGCGACUUUCCCCCAACUCCAGACACAAAGACACUACCCAGACAGCUCUGGAUAUCUUUGCCAACGCGACCCUGCGGACGCUGUGCUUGUGUUACAAAGACAUCAGCGCGGACGAGUACCAAGCCUGGUCCGAGUUACACCAAGAAGCCCAGGUGGCCACGUCAGACAGAGACGCUGCCCUCGAUCGCAUUUACGAGAAGAUCGAAAGCAACCUGAUGCUGAUUGGGGCGACAGCCAUUGAGGACAAAUUGCAGGACGGAGUGCCAGAGACCAUCUCCAAACUGGCCAAGGCUGACAUCAAGAUCUGGGUCCUGACCGGAGACAAGAAAGAAACGGCGGAAAAUAUUGGAUAUUCUUGUUCACUUUUGACAGACGACAUGCAGAUCCACUACGGAGAAGACGUCAAUGAGAAGCUGAAGGUCCGUCAGGCCAAGAGGAGACUUGAGCCGGUAACUUUCCGUCGGGGCAAAAAGAAACCUGCCGAGGCUUUCUUCCCCGAAUCGGGCAAAAACGCUCUCGUCAUCACGGGAGGAUGGCUGAAUGAGAUUCUGUAUGAAAAGAAGAAGAAACGCCGUCGUCUACGUCUGCGUCGCUUGGGAAAGCGAGUGCCUCCUAGCAACCCUCAGGACGGCCAGCCGAUGGACGACUGGGAGAAGGAGAUGAGACAGAUUGACUUUGUGGACAUGGCCUGUGAGUGCGAGGCGGUCAUCUGCUGUCGCGUCACACCAAAGCAGAAGGGUAACGUGGUGAGUUUGGUGAAGAAGUACAAGAAAGCCGUGACGCUGUCAAUCGGCGACGGAGCCAAUGACGUCAACAUGAUCAAGACUGCAGACAUCGGUGUUGGUAUCAGUGGUCAGGAGGGGAUGCAGGCCGUCAUGUCCAGCGACUACGCCUUCGCUCAGUUCCGUUACCUGGAGCGCCUCCUGCUGGUGCACGGACGCUGGUCUUACAUCCGGAUGUGCAAGUUCCUCCGUUACUUUUUCUUCAAGAAUUUCGCCUUCACACUGGUCCACUUCUGGUACUCGUUCUUCAAUGGAUACUCCUCACAGGUCGCCUAUGAAGACUGGUUCAUCACUCUCUACAAUCUCUGUUACAGCAGCUUACCCGUUCUACUAGUUGGACUACUUGACCAGGAUGUUAACGACAAACUGAGCCUGAAAUUCCCCAAACUCUACCUGCCCGGCCAGCAGGGGUUAUUGUUUAACUACAGGAAUUUCUUCAUCAGCUUGUUCCACGGCAUCUUUGUCUCGCUUGUCAUCUUCUUCAUCCCCUACGGAGCCUUCCUUCAGACCAUGGGGCAGGACGGAGAAGCCCCCUCCGACUACCAGUCCUUUGCCAUCGUCACCGCCUCGUCGCUCAUUUUCACAGUCAACCUGCAGAUCUCUCUGGAGACCUCCUACUGGACAUUUGUUAACUGCUUUGCGGUUUUGGGCAGCAUUGCCAUCUACUUUGGCGUCAUGUUUGAUAUCCACAGUGCCGGAAUCCACGUCAUCUUCCCCUCAGUGUUCACCUUUACUGGUGCAGCGUCGCACGCACUUCGUCAGCCCUACCUGUGGUUAACCAUCAUCCUGACUGUGGGCAUCAGCCUGCUCCCUGUCAUCUGCAUCCAGUUCCUCCAUAAGAGCAUCUGGCCCUCAGUAGGGGAUAAGAUCCAGAGAAACAGGAAGAAGUACGAGAUGGAGCUGUUGCAGGAGGAGAAGAAAAAGGCACCAGGCUUCCAGCGUGGUGGGCGUUCCCGCCGCUCCGCCUAUGCCUUCUCCCACUCUCGUGGCUACGCCGACCUCAUCUCGUCUGGGCGGAGCAUUCGGCGACGACCGGCGGCCCGCGGCGUAUUCCAGGAAACCAUCAGCGAGGUUCCCCAGACAGCAGCCGAAAACAUCUGACGGGGCUGACCGGGAGAUGGAGCAAAACUAGCCAGAAGUGGGAAGAGUUCAAGGAGUGCUUGGUUUAUCUUUAAUUUUUUUCUGUGGAGGCGCUGCUGGAAUGGUCGUCAUCCGAAACUCUGCACAGACACGACGGUGUUCAAAGAGACCCCUUUUGUUGUGAUGUUCAAGUCCGUAGGAAGUAAAAGUAGAGCGCUCCUAAAGUCACUCAUCUUAUAGAAAUAAAAUGAGCGGCUUUUUCAGAAAGUUAAACGAAGCACUACUGAAUGUGUCUUUGCUGCAGUCUGGGACUCACUGCAUUUUAUCCUCUGUGCACAAACUCUUGUUAAAUGCAAAAGGA